UCCGGCCCUUGAGAAUUGUGCGUCAUCCAAAACGCCACUAGAGCGGCAGAUAUUCUAGCUCGGACUGUAUCAAAUUGGACCGCUAGACGCAUAUGGUGUUAACAUAAUUAAUUUGUCGCGCACAGUGGUUCCAUCCGAAUGACCUCUGGGAGCUAGGCGACUAACCAAUCAAAGACCUUCGUGAGUGUUGAGCGAGAUGCGCGUAUUUACAGUCUUCUAAUAGCGUUGGCAUAAAACUAGUGUCGGACUAGUCGUGUAUCAGAAGGGCGAUGCCAGGGAUAACCAAGUAUAAUUUAGUGGAUGAUGCACAGGACUUGAGGAUCCCCAUGCACAACGAGGCGGCAUUUCAGCAUGGGGUCUGCUUCGAGGCAAAGUACAUUGGCAGUCUGGAAGUCGGUCGUCCCAAUAGCCGAAUGGAGAUAGUGGCUGCAAUGAGAAGGAUACGGUAUGAAUUUAAAUUGAAGAACAUCAAGAAGAAGAAAGUCAACAUCAUCGUGUCUGCGGAUGGUGUAAGGGUGGUUUUGCGAAAAAAGAAAAAGAGGAAAGAGUGGUCGUGGGAUGACAACACCGUGAUGAUAACACAAGACCCAAUCUACAGGAUUUUCUAUGUGUCACAUGAUGCCCAGGACUUGAAGAUAUUCAGUUACAUUGCGAGAGAUGGAAAGAGCAACAUGUUCCAUUGUAAUGUCUUCAAAUCCAAGAGGAAGUCCCAGGCCAUGCGCAUCGUGCAGACGGUGGGCCAGGCCUUUGACGUGUGCCACCAGCUGACCCUGCAGCAGACAGGGGAACAGAGCUCAGAGGAUGUUGGGGACUCCAACACUGUCGACGCAGAGGGGGCAGACGCCGUGCCAGCCAAGAAGAGGUUGGCAUUGUCUGAUUCGACCGACCUUGAAGCCACUACAGAGGAAAGCAUCGACUGUUUGUCAUCCGACCUGGACAAGAGCAAGAGCCAGGACCUUCUCAGUAAAGAUGGAAAGGACCCAGCCCAGCAGCUGACCUCCUCCAGGUCGGGGCCACCUGUGUCAGGCUUGCUAGACGUGGACUCCCCCUGCUCUGUGGAGCACCAGGUGCAGCUGCUCCAGAGACAGCUCCAGCAGCAGGAGCAGCAGGCCCAGGCUGCUGCAGCACAGGUGUGUGUGCUCCAGGACCAGCUGUCAGUGGAGGUGUGUGCCAGGACAGAUGCCCAGGCCCGGGUCCAGAGACUCCUACUGCAGAACACUGACCUACUGCAGCACAUCUCCCUACUGGUCAAACAGAUCCAGGAGCUGGAGCUCAAAGCUGCUGGAGGACUCAGCACCAUGGGCUCCCAAGACAGUCUUCUGGAGAUCACCUUCCGUGCCAAGCCCCCCUCUGUGCUGCGUGACAUUGCCCCCACCUCCAUGGGCCCCCUGCAGGGUCAGCCCCAGCCCCAGAUCACGAAUGGCCCCUGGGCCUCCAUCCUACCAGGGGUCUCUCCACCAGGGACCAGGGCAUUGGACAGUCACUCUCUGGGUCCGGGCGGCAGCGCCGUGAGGCUGGAGUGUUUCCGCUUCCCCCGCAGUGGGGGAGGGGACGACCACCAUAGCCAGAACCAGGACCAGGAGGCUGAGAGUCCAAUCUCGGGUUGCCCAGGCGGGGGCUCCCCUCUUGGGGGAGAGGAGGUCCUUGGAGCCCUAGAGCUCCUCUGUUUCCGGGAGUCGGGGAUCGGUUCGGAGUACGAGUCCAAUGCAGAUGAGAGCAGUGACAGGGACAGCUGGGGGCAGGGCGAGGGGGCAGGGGCUGAGGGCGCGGCACGCCUCUUCAACGUAAUGAAUGCGGAGAGCCCCGCGGACUGUCUGGGUGAUGAGGUGGCCGUGUAGCAUUCCGCGGCUUCGCUUCACCCAAGAACAAAAUCAUAUCACGCAGUCUACAGUUCCCCUAUGGUGUUAACUGCUCACCACCCUCCAAACUCUGCUCUGCAAUCCUUUUGUUUGAUAUUUGUUGUUUGUGUGUUGCAUUGUUUUUAUUUGUUGGAUAUUUUAUUAUUUGUUUGUAUUUGCCGUAUUUGUUUAUAUUUGGUCACAUUUGUCCGAUGUUUGUUUAUAUCUGUUGCAGAUGUUUACAUGUGUUUGCAUUUGUUUACAUUUUUUCAUAUAUAUUGUCUCAGCUCUUGACUUGCUGCUGCGGUUCCUGCUCUCCUAGGCUUACUGCAGUGUAGUCUGUGUCACAGCUAUCUAAAUAUAUGGCUCUGGUCUGUGUUAUUGGACCAUUGUGUAACAGUGAAACACACCCACCCAGCAUGGCCAGUCAUUGGCAUAGUUUUUUUUAUGAAAAUACUUUGAAUGGGUUGAAAAUGAAUAAACGUCCAAUGUGAAGACCGUGAACUUCAAAAGCCUGCUGUACUAGUACUGUAUUAUGUGAAUGGCUUUAAUUUGUGAUGGACAAUUGAUUCAAGACAGUUUACAUUCAAGUU